GUCACUUGUUGGCAAGCUGAUUCGGACGAACAACCCUAACCACACACUUUCAUCCCUCUCCUCUCCGCUCUCCAGUCCAGCACUCCAGUCCGCCUCGCCUCGUUCUCGUCGCGCUUUCUCCGCGUCCGUCCGAUCCCACUCCCAGCAAACUCCUCCGCCGCGCAGCGAUGGCCGCCCGCUCCCCAUACUUCGCCCCCGAGGAAGCGGCCCGGGGCAUCCGCGCUGGGGAGUCGCCGGCCGCGGCGCUCCGGCGGAUCCUGGCGACGCCGGGCGCCCACCAGGCGCCCUGCUGCUUCGACGCGCUCGGCGCCCGCCUCGUCGAGCGCGCGGGGUUCCCGAUCUGCUUCAUGGGUGGCUUCUGUGUUUCUGCUGCACGACUUGGGUUGCCAGAUGUUGGUCUCAUCUCCUAUGGAGAAAUGAUUGAUCAAGGGCGUCUGAUCACUGAAGCAGUAUCAGUCCCAGUGAUUGGUGAUGGAGACAAUGGUUACGGAAAUUCUAUGAACAUCAAGAGAACUAUAAAAGGAUAUAUUAAUGCUGGAAUGGCUGGAAUCAUGCUUGAAGAUCAGGUGGCCCCAAAAGCAUGUGGACACACUGAAGGAAGGAAAGUCAUUUCAAGGGAGGAAUCAGUCAUGCACAUAAAAGCUGCUAUAGAUGCUAGGAAGGAUAGUGCAUCUGACAUUGUUAUUGUGGCAAGGACAGAUUCUCGUCAAGCAGUUUCUCUUGAUGAAGCAUUAUGGAGAGUACAAGCUUUUGCUGAUGCUGGUGCAGAUGUUCUGUUUAUUGAUGCCCUUGCUUCAGUAGAAGAGAUGAAGGCGUUCUGCGCAAUUGCACCAGGAGUACCAAAGAUGGCAAACAUGUUAGAAGGUGGUGGUAAAACUCCCAUAUUGACCCCUGCUGAACUUCAGGAGAUCGGCUUUAGCCUUGUUGUCUAUCCGUUGUCCCUUAUUGGGGUAUCAAUGCGUGCAAUGGAGGAUGCUCUACUUGCGAUAAAAGGUGGUGGCAUACCCCCAGCAGGCAGCAUGCCAUCCUUCCAGGAGAUCAAGGAUACUCUAGGGUUUAACCGCUAUUACGAGGAAGAUAAGCAGUAUAGUGUCCCGCAAACCCAGUCAACGUUCCCAAGUGGUAAUGCAUAGAAAGGAACAUUGCUCUUGGAUUCUCAGGAUGCAAAUGGAAUGCUGCCCGGCAUUUAUCAGGUGUCCAUCGAGUGAUCAGUACCUAUCUGCUCAUUAAGAUGAGAUAGUAUCACCAGCAUUUAUCUUAAAGCAGACAAUUGUAGGAAGUUGUAAAGGUCGCUAUUUGGUGUGUACUUUGUAAUCGUACCCUGUGUUGGUGUCCACAACUCUGAAUUUCUGGUGUUAAUUUUAAUGAAAUAAGCCAACUUAGUCCA